AUGAAGGUGGCCGUGGUAGGCGGCGGCAUAUGUGGCCUGGCGGCUGCAGCCAUGCUGGCGAGAGACGGUGUCCAGGUAGUUGUGUAUGAGAAGGAGGAUGCAUUGGGAGGCCGAGGCCGAGCUCUGAGCACACUUACAGUACUUGAUGGCACAGUAUUGCUUGAUCUAUGCUUUCCAGUCUUCACUCAUCAGGUCACUUAUCCAGAUGUGGUGGAAUUUUUGGAGAAUUUGGGAGUGGAUAAAGCAGUCUCAGAUCACGUGUCAUUUUCUGUGAGUCUUGAUGGAGGCCGUGGAUGUCAAUGGGGAAACGGGGAAGGAUUGUCAACUUUGUUUGCACAAAAAAGUAAUGCACUAAAUCUAUCCUUUUGGAAAAUGAUACGUGAUGUAAUCAAGUUCAAGAACGAUGCGGCAAGGUACAUACAAGAGCUUGAAAGCAAUCGAGAUAUGGAGAGGAACGAAACACUUGAGCAAUUUGUUAGGCGGGGUGAAUACUCUGAGUUAUUCCAGAAAGCUUUUCUUAUUCCGACAUGCUGUUCUAUGUUGUGGUGCCCUUCACAAGUGAUGAACUUCUCUGCAUUUUCUGUACUUUCAGUUCUGCGCAGUCACAACAAUUUUCAGCAGCUCUUAGGUUGGCCUCAGAAGCACACUGUGAAAUGGCGUUUACAAAGUUAUUUCCACAAGGUUCAGAAAGAGCUGGAAGGUAGAGGCUGUCGAAUAAGAAGCAAUUCUGAAGUACAUUCAAUAUUAACAAAUGAAAGUGGUUGUAUUGUGACCUGUAAGGAUGGCCUGGAACAAAUGUAUGAUUGUUGCAUAAUUGCGACGCGUGCUUCCGAUGCCGUGAAAAUAUUAGGGGAGGAAGCAACAUACGAUGAAUUGAGAAUACUCGGUGCAUUUCCUUAUUUCCACAGCGAUAUUUUCCUUCAUCAUGACACUAAUUUAAUGCCGAAAAAUCAAUCAUUAUGGAGCUCAACGAAUUUUCAGACAACUGCUGAUAACAAAGCUUAUAUUACGUACUGGCUAAACAACAUCCAAAAUAUAGGCGAGGCAAAACUGCCAUUUCUCGUGACACUAAGUCCACCUCACACACCUGAAGGCAUUCUGUUUAAGGGGCCGACCAGCUGUCCAAUACCUUCUGUUGCUGCAUCGAAAGCCAUGUCUGAGCUGGAUCUCAUACAAGGAAAGAGGGGACUGUGGUUCUGUGGAUCAUAUCAAGGCUACGGCUUCCUAGAAGACCGCGUAAAGGCCGGUAUGCUUGCUGCAAAUACUUUACUUAAAAAGAGUUGCUCUAUUGAGAACACCCUAAAACAUUUAGUACCAUCCUGGCCUGAAACUGUGGCGCGUCUUCUUGUUACAAGGUUCUUAGAACGCUUCAUUGCUUCUGGUUGCCUAAUUUUAAUGGAAGAUGGAGGUGCAACUUUUGCUUUCAAAGGUCGUAGAAAAAAGAGCAAUUUAGAAGUGGCUUUGAGAGUACAUAAUCCCCAGUUUUACUGGAAGGUUGCAACAGAAGGAGAUUUAGGCUUUGCAGAUGCUUACAUCAAUGGUGAUAUUUCAUUGGUAGAUAAGAAUGAAGGUCUUCUUAACUGUUUCCAGAUAUUUCUGAUCAACACAGACUUGCACAGACAAGGCUCAAAAGUGGAUAAAAAAAGAGGAUGGUGGACACCAAUGAUUUACACUUCCUUUGUUGCCUCAGCCAAAUACUUCUUUAAGCAUUUGGCGAGGCACAACACAGUGUCGCACGCUCGUAAGAACGUCUCACAGCAUUAUGACCUUAGCAACGAACUCUUUUCACUAUUUCUCGAUGACACGAUGAGCUAUUCAUGCGCCAUAUUUCAGAAUCCGCAUGAAGACUUGGAAACUGCACAGCGUAGAAAAGUCCAUACUUUGAUAAAAAAGGCUAGAAUCAGCAAGGGGCAGCAUGUGCUAGAGAUUGGGUGUGGUUGGGGAGGCUUAGCUUUUGAAGUAGUCAAGCUUACUGAAUGCAAAUACACUGGUGUCACUCUGUCCAAAAACCAAUAUGAUUAUGUACAACAGAGAGUAAAGGAAGCUGGUCUGCAGGAUCAAAUUGAACUUAUUCUAUGCGACUAUCGGGAAUUGCCUAAGGGCCAUAAGUACGAUAGAAUUAUAUCAUGUGAGAUGUUAGAGGCCGUGGGGCACGAAUACAUGGACGGAUUUUUCAGGUGCUGCGAAUCUGCAUUAGCCCCAAAUGGAAUUCUUGUUUUUCAGUUUACAGCAGUGGCAGAAGCAAGGUACGAUGAAUACAGGCACAGCCCUGGCUUCAUGAAAGAAUAUAUAUUCCCGGGUGUAUGCAUUCCUUCACUCAAUCGAGUAAUCUCUUCCAUGGCUGCUGGAUCAACACUCAGUGUUGUACACCUAGAAGAGAUAGGAUGCCAUUACGUUCCUACCCUCCGCCGUUGGAGGGAGAAAUUCCUUCAAAACCAAAGCCAAGUGAUGGGUCUUGGAUUUGACGAGAAGUUUGUGAGGACAUGGGAAUAUUAUCUCGACUACUCUGCUGCCGGAUUCAAAUUCUGUAUCAGUGGAAAUUACCAGAUAGUGCUAAUGCGACCGGGAGAUUUAACUGUCUUUGGCAACUCUCCAUACAACCCGAUGCUUCUGCCAGAGGAAACUGCCCUACGCGACGACGCUUUUAUGGCUGCUGGAACGCCGGACCAGAUUAUUAGACUUUCAGAUAGCGUCCUUUAG